GCAGGUUACUUUUUUACUAGCAAUGUCCAAAAUAUAUAAAUCUUGAUUUUACUCAAUCACAUUAUUAUUAUUUCUUUUUGUGAAUGAGAUUUCUAAAAACCAAAAUCAAAGAUGAAGCAGUUAGAACUUACAAGUUUUGUUCUUUUCUUGUUUUUUUUGACUGAGUCCCUACCCCUGCCCACAAAACCUCAGGAUGCAGAUGACUUCAGUGUCGUUCAGAAAUUUAUAGAAGAGAACGUUGAAUACAUCACCACUAUCGUAUUUGCGCAAUACAUUCAGGAAGUAGCCUUUGAAGAACUCCAAGUUAUGAUAAACAACAUGGUGGAAUACAGAGAUAAAUGUGUGGCUGACAGGACACUUCCGGAGUGUUCAAAAUCAGCUAAUGAGAUUUUUCAGGAAAAAACAUGCUCUAUGGAGGGGCUGCCACAAAAAUACAAUUUUUCACACUGCUGCAAUAAGGUGGACUUUGAGAGACGACUCUGUUUCUUCUAUAACAAGAAAGGUGACGGAGAAUUUCAGUCUCCUUUCCCGACUCUUGAACCUGAAGAGAAAUGUCAGGCUUAUCAAAAUGUCAGAAAACCUUAUCUACAUAGCUAUGUGUACGAAGUUGCCAGAAGAAACCCCUUUGUCUUUGCCCCUACGCUUUUAACAGUGGCUGCCAAUUUUGAGGAGGUGGCGAAAGCAUGUUGCGAAGAGCAAGACAAAGCCACCUGCUUUCGAGCGAAGGCAGCUCCUAUCACACGAUAUCUAAAAGCAUCUUCCUCUUAUCAAAAAACUCUCUGUGGAGCAUAUAUGAAGUUUGGACCCAAAAUCUUAAAGUCUAUAAAUGUCGCUGUAUUCAGUCAAAAGUUCCCCAAGGUUGAAUUUAAAGAAUUGCUCUCUCUCAUAGAAGAGAUCUCUUCCAUGUAUGACGGAUGCUGUGAAGGAGAUGCUGUGCAGUGCAUUCGUGAUUCGGCCAAGGUUAUGAACCAUAUCUGUUCAAAACAAGACUCCAUCUCCACCAAAAUCAAAGACUGCUGUGGAAAGAAAAUGCUAGAACGUGCCGAGUGCAUAUUUAGGUUGAACAGAGAUGACAAACCGAAGGAUCUAUCUGCAAGAGAACCAAAAUUUACUGACAGCAAAAAUGCGUGUCAAGAACGAGAUAUUAACCCAGACAACUUCUUUGCUGAGUUUACUUAUGAAUACUCAAGGAGACAUCAGGAUCUGUCUAUACCAGAGAUUUUAAGAAUUUCUCAAGUGUACGAGGAUCUCCUGGGCAAUUGUUGCAACACAGAAAAUCCUCAGGAUUGUUACAGCCACGCGGAAGAAAAAUUCAAUGAGACAACUGAGAAAAGCCUCAAGAUAGUAAAACAAGAAUGUGAUUCUUUCCAGAAUUUGGGAAAGGAAGACUUGAAAUACCACUUGCUGAUCAGAAUGACCAAGAAAGUCCCACAGCUCUCCACUGAGGAACUGGUCUUUCUUGGCAAGGAGAUGGUGACAGUUUUGACUACCUGCUGCACACAAAGUGAAGAGUUUGCCUGUGUUGAUAAUUUGGCAGAUUUAGUUCUUGGAGAGUUUUGUGGAAUAAAUAAAAACCGAACUAUCAACCCUGCUGUGGACCACUGCUGUCUCACAAACCCUGCCUUCAGAAGACACUGCUUUGAGAGCCUGGAAGCUGAUAAAACAUACGUACCUCCUCCCACUUCUCGAGAUUUAUUUAUCUUUCACACAGACUUGUGUCAGGCUCCGAAUGAGGAGCUUCAGAAGAAGAAAGACAGGUUUCUUGUUAACCUUGUGAAGCUGAAGCCUGGAUUUGCAGAUCAGGAGCUGCGGUCUUUGUUCCUGACUUUCACUGCUGCAGUGGAGAAGUGCUGCAAGGCGCAGGAGCCUGAAGCCUGCUUUAAUGAAGAGGUCAUUUCAUUCCUUUUCCACUAAAAUUUGACUGGUUUCAAAACUUGGAAACUGAAGCCAGGCUGCUUGAGAGACAUUU